AUGGUAAACCUGUCUCCUGAAUGCGGGCUGGAAGAAGGACAAGAUUCGCACCCUCAUCUCUUCACUAGUAAUGGGUAUGCCGAGGAAGUGGCAGAGCGAUCAAAACUCUAUCGAAGGGGUUUCAAUGUACAGUGUGAUAUAUGCGGCACUUGGCAUGCUUCGAAGGGAGCACUGAGUGCUCAUAAAUCAACACAACACCGGGAUCAUUCGAAAAAACAAAAUAUGCAAUGCCCAUUGUGUGAAGAAGAAGUGCAGAGCCAUCGUGCACUUGCUGAACAUGCCGAAGCCGCCCACGCAAGAUUUCCUGGACAGUACCAAGUCGAGUGUCUCACGUUUGAAAACAGGGAAGGAUAUGAGAGUUGGCGGAAAGAAAUGGAUGGGAGAAAUGUCGUCAAAUGGACAAAAACUUCCGUGGACAAAAGAGGGGAUAAGAGUACUGCGUACUACAGGUGUAGCCGAGCACUGGCUACACCUCGAGAUGCGGAAACACUUCGGCCGAAAUCCAAAAAGAAUACGAAGUAUUGUACAGCGUUCAUGCAGGUGGCUGAGCAGAAUGGAACCUUUCGUGUAACAUACUGCAGUGGCCAUGCAGGCCAUGACGAGAAUCCGCAAUCACUGACGUUCGAGAAAGAUACGGAGACCCUUAUUUUCUCACUACUGGAAGAGAGAUGCGAUACUAAACAGUUCGUGGAAAAAAUUGGAACAAACUUUCAAAACAGCGACGAGCAUAGGCUACUCAAUGACAGUGCACCACAAGAAACCAGACAAAUCCUCUUCUUACUAAUAGAUUCUUCCUAUGAGUUCAAGGUGAACACUUACUACAACGGACUGAUGGGUUACCUUGGUUGUGAAGAUAUCGACUACCAAGGUUUCAUAACGUUCAUGCAGGAUAAUUAG